AUGGUAGAUGAUAGAUGUAAGAAACGAUUUCCAAAACCGUUCAACCCAUUAACAACUUUUGAUGCAAAUGGUUACGUGCAUUAUAAGAGACGUGUUGGAUCGUAUCAUGUCCUACAAAGUGGGAUUAGAACUGAUAACGGCUAUGUAGUGCCAUAUAAUAAACGUUUGUGUAGUCGAUUUGAUGCUCACAUCAAUGUUGAAUAUCGUGGUUGGAAUAUGAUGAUGAAGUACUUAUUUAAGUACAUAUCAAAGGGGGUUGAUCGCGUUCGUUUCACUCUUCAAACAUCAGAGGCAAAUACUCCUACUACUUCCUCUACCAUACCUGUCGCAGUAAAUGAAAUCAAGUCGUUUCUUGAUGGUCGGUAUAUAUGUCCACACGAAGCAGCAUGGCGCGUCCUCAAUUUCCCCAUUCAUGAACGAGAUCCACCUGUACAAGUCUUGGCCGUCCAUUUGGAUGGGAUGCAACCUACUAUUUUCAAAGAAAACAGUCAAUUAAGCUCCUUAAUUGAUAUCCCAGGUUUUGGUGUUACCACUUUAACGGAAUGGUUGCACAAUAAUCAACGUGAUGGUCGAGGAAUUGACUUGACAUACAAUGAUUACCCUUCUAAAUAUAGUUGGGACACCAAAGAUAAGAGAUGGAUUCAUAGGACUACCACAACAAAUACCACCAUUGGCAGACUUGCAUAUGUACAUCCAACAGUUGGGGAGUUAUUCUAUCUACGGAUUUUACUAUUCCAUCAAAAAGGAUGUAAAUCAUUCUAUGAUAUUAGAACCGUUCGUGAAUACACGUACUCAACUUUUCGUGAUGCGUGUGAAGCAUUAGGGUUAACCGGUGACAAUAAGGAGUGGCUAACAGCAUUUGAAGAAGCAUCGACUUGGGCAACCUCAUCUCAACUUCGUUCUCUAUUCUGCCAUCUACUUUUGUAUUGUGAAGUAGGAAACCCUCUUUUGUUAUGGGAAACCGCAAAACCUAAAAUGGGCGAUGACAUUACCCAUACAUUCACUUCCAAUUCUACAGAUCCAAAUGUAGUUCUACAUGUUAAUACACUAGAACAACAAAUACUUCUCGAAAUUCAAAAGACACUACUAGCUUCAACACCUUCCAAAUCACUUGCUGACUUUGGAUUGCCAAUGCCAUCUCCAUCUCUUCUUUCCAUUCUCAGAAAUCGUCUUAUUCUUGAAGAGACUAAUUAUGAUACAAAUCUCUUAAUUUCUCAAAAUACAUCCAUGGUAUUACAAUUGAAUCCAGAUCAACUUACAAUUUAUGAAAAAGUUGUGGAUGCUGAAAAAAACAAAAGGCAACUGCUAUUAUUUGUAUAUGGAUCUGGUGGUACAGGAAAAACUUUUUUAUGGACAACUAUACUUUCAUAUUUCAGAUCUAAGGGAAAGAUUAUACUUGCUGUUGCCGCCUCAGGCAUUGCAUCCCUUUUGUUGCCUUCAGGUCGUACUGCUCAUUCUAGAUUUGUUAUUCCAAUUGACUUUACAGACAAGUCUUCCUGUAAUAUUAAAAAAAAAACACAGCUUGCAGAGCUCCUAAAGAGGACUUCUAUGAUCAUAUGGGAUGAAGCUCCAAUGAGUGAUCAUCGUUGCUUUGAGUUUCUUGAUAAAUCACUAAAAGAUGUCCUUGAAGAUGAUAACCAUCUUUUUGGUGGAAUGUCAAUGCUCCUAGGAGGUGACUUUCGACAAACUCUUCCUGUUCAACCUAAAAGCAGAAAAUCACAAAUAAUUGGCCUAACUCUACCCAAUUCCUAUCUAUGGUCACAUUUUACGGUAUUCAAAUUGCAUCAUAAUAUGCGUUUAUCCCAACCAGUCAAUCCAAAUAAGGAUGUUAAUCAAAUAUCACAGUUUGCUUCAUGGCUUCUCGAUAUUGGAAAUGGAAAUAUCGGAACACCAGACAAGAAUGAUCCAGAAAGCACAAACGUUAUACAAAUACCUCAUUGUUUCCUUAUCGAAUCAGGAGACAACGAAUUAGAAUCACUAAUACAUUUUGUCUAUGGCAAAGAUAUAAUUUCCAAUCCAUCACCUGAAGAGUUAUCUGUUAGAGCCAUUAUUUGUCCGAAAAAUGAAACAGCUGAUCAAGUCAAUGCUUUAAUUCUAUCAAAAACUAAUAGUCAAGGGGUAGUAUACAACAGUUGUGAUUCUAUUAAGUCACAAACCCAUGAUAGCUUAGAAUUAGAUACCUUAUAUCCCCAAGAUUAUUUAAACAAUCUUCACUUUUCUGGUAUUCCUUCACAUACAUUAAAUUUGAAAGUUAAUACCUCAGUUAUGCUAAUGAGGAAUAUCAAUCAACGAGAAGGUCUUUGUAAUGGAACACGUUUGAUUGUUACACAAUUAUUACCAUCUGUGAUUGAAGCUUCCAUAAUAACAGGAAUAUCUGUUGGGAAAAGGGUGUACAUUCCAAGAAUAAAAUUUGUACAUAAUACCUCUGACCUACCUUUUAUAUUUAUCAGAAAACCAUUUCCUCUUAAAGUGUGUUAUGCAAUGACUAUAAACAAAAGUCAAGGCCAAUCUCUUAAAAAGGUAGGUUUAUACCUCACAAACUCUGUUUUCACACACGGACAACUAUAUGUGGCUUUGUCAAGAGCUACCUCACCAGAUUCGAUAAAGAUUCUACUACAACAAGAAGAUACAUUACCAUUCAACUGUACCAGAAAUGUCGUCUUCAAGGAUUUGUUAGCAAGAGUUAAUAUGCAAGAGAGCAAUCUCCUCAAACAUGGAUAGAAUAUCAGACCUCCACUUUGGCUCCCCAGGAAAUUCACUUGAAGUCCGUGUCUUGCGAAAAUGGACACUACAAUUCAGAAAGGACGAGACAUGGUUUAUCGUGAUUGAUGAGCAUGGAGAUACAAUUCAACUACUUGCUCGAAAGACAAUUCAAGGAUCGAUACAAACUUCAUUAUUAGUCACUCGAUGUUAUUGUAUUAAGGACUAUACAUGCACUGAGCCAGACAAAUAUCAGAAGGUCUUAGAUCACCCAGUACACAUGAAUAUUGGUGAAGCAUCAACAAUUGAGGAAAUACCAAAUCGCAAUGCACUUCCACUAAUAUGGUUCCGCUUCAGUCCAAGAUCACACUUUCAAAUGAUAGCAGACAAAAACUUAGAGCAUCCAGAUUUCAUAGGCGUACUCAUCAACAUGAAAGAUCGGAAAAAAAAGACAAAGAACCAUUCAUGCUUAUGACUUUAACAGAUGAAAAUGCGGAGGAGAUUACCAUACUCUUAUGGAAGGAAUGCAUAGAUUCGCCAGACAAAUUCAAUCGAAAUGCCCUUACAUCAAACUCUAACACAGUGGUACUAGCUUUCACCAAUCUCAAAUCCACUAUGUACAAUGGAUAAUUAACAUUGACAAGCACCAGCGCAACACACAUGUACGUCAAUCCCAAUUUACCAGAAACGGACACACUCAUUACAAGAUUUGGUACCCAAUUUCACUCAAAAUCAUCACCAAAUGUGAUAAAUACUACAUUACAACGCUUAAAGAGCUCAAAUUUCUCUCAAAUAAUGGACAAUGUAUAUGUUUUAAAGACCAUACUAUCUGAUUUCACAUUCAAAGAUGUCUGGUACCACGUUACAUGUACCACAUGUGGUAAAUCAACACACAAAAAAGAUAUAAAAUCUCAGCAGUACUCACAGACAAUACAGAUACCACAACAGUUUUCAUGUCUAAUGAAGCAACCUGUACUCUGCUAAAUGCGACUGCACAAGAAAUCAUAGACAACUUUCCUAGUCAAGAUAGAAAAACUUUACCUGAAACACUCGAACGUUGUAAAGGGUUGACAAAGAAUGUCUAUGUAGAAUGCACAAAACUUUCUUCCACUAGAAAUAUCCGUUUCACAGUCACUACAAUCAGUGACAUAAAAACACCACAACCAACAAUCUUAUCAACACAAAAAACACAAACUACACGUUCAACACCAAUGGAACAACAAACCACAACAACUAUGGAGUCCCAAACCCCUACUAAAUCACGUGAAACUGGAAAACGCCUCCAAAUGGAAGAUACAGAUACACCAAAAAAACCACGUCCCAAACGAGAGAAAUACAGAAACCACGGCGAAGCAGACGAAGGAACACAUGCCAAAAAGCAAUGAAACUAUUUGAUCUUAUCAUAACAUACUUAGACUUAACCUAAACUCUCUUUAUAUAGCUUUAUGUCCAUAUUAUAAACUACAUUACACACAUUAUGUUUAUAUACAAUAAUCUGUAAAUAUUCAAUAAAACUA